AUGUCACGCACAGCAUCCCCAGUCUACGCCCCAGGGACCUGGCAAAACACCCUCCAAACCUACCAAACCCUCCGCCGCAUCCGCGAGUCCCCUUGCGCAGAACUAACCAUCAUCUUCCCCUGCACCCACAAACUCGAGAACCUACGCGGCUGUCGCGCUUGCAUGUUGGCACACAAGCACGAGACCCUGCAGCCAUGUAAGAAGUUCCACGCCGAGGUGAUUUACCCGCGAGAGAUAUGUCCGGACUGUACGCAUGCGGAGAUCGGGAGACAGAGGGCUGCGAUGGAGGAGGAGACGAGGCUGAGACGAAGACAGGAGAGAGCGGCUGAGGAGCGGAGGAAGGAGGUCUUGAAGAGGCAGUUGAAUGAGGCGGGAUGGAAGAGGGGGGAGGGGAAUUUCUUUUAG